AUGGAUUCUCUGAAGGCAAAAGACUUGACGCAAACUGGUUACACUGUUGAUGGGUUCAUACAAGUGCUCCAAGUGUGGGCGUACUAUGAUAUGCCAGAAUUGGGUGCUAAUUAUGGGUCUCCCAUACCAAACAGACCGUCUCCACUGUUGCUGGCUUACAGGGGUGGCAAAAGACAACGCAAAUGUUUUAAGGCUGCUAUCAAUAAACAGACUAUCGUGAAGAACUUCGUUCAGAAGGAUUUUGAUGAAAUGUUUCCAAAAUGGGACGGAGACGUAGAUGACCCUGCCGCGGAUAACAUAAUUAAAGUCAUGUUUAAUGAUCCUGGAUGGGAGUGGACCAUGGAAUGCUGGCCAGUCACCGGUACUCGCAAGAUUGUGAAGAUGGAAGUGAGUCCAGUGAAUAAUGAAGUGAGUCUCGUGAAGUCAGAGAGUGUUGUGAAGGAAGAAAGUAGCAGACCUCGGAAGAAAGCUCGUAAAGGGUCUUCUGUUUCUGCUGAGACACCUGCGGCGGGUAGUGAAGGGAUGACGCAUCAGCAGAUUGAAAAGUCCUUGAAGGACAUAUCUGAUGCCAUUAAUCUUGGCUUUGGGACGUGCCUUAAGGAGCUCAAGUUACUGGCGGAUAGGAUGGCAGCUGUGGAGAAGAAGGUGGGAAUCACCAACAGAGGGGGUUCAUAUGAUGAUCGUCAACUUACAACCACUUCAAAUCCACCAAAACCUGCUGACGAACCCGGGAGUGAAAGUGUGAAUGGGGCGAAAGCAGGACGGAAGGAAGCCAAAGAACCGAGUCUUACUACAGAACCGAGUUCCUCGAGAGAGCUCUGUCUUGUGAGUACUGCAGCCGACUUACCGAGUGAUGAUCCUAGCCUUCUUAUAUUGGACAAACAAGUUCCCACCGCUUCAGAUUUACUCGUUGAAGAAGCUAGAAGGCAGACAAAGAAGGAGACUGCUUUGGUGAAUCUCCGUAAAAAAAGUGUGCGAGAAAGGAAGCUUGCUCCCACACAGCAAACUCCUUUUAAGGGAAACAGCACUGCCAAACAGAUCAUUCCAAACAAACAGGUUGGCGGAGGCUAUGAUCCUUUUGCACCCUAUGACAAGAUGAAGUCGAAGGAGCUCACUGCAUGGGUGCAAAAAGAUCCAUAA